UAUUUCAUUUGGUCUGUAUUACUUUUGCAGAUUACUUCAAGAGAUACAUCAAAAUCUUACAUGAAUAUGGUGGAUAACUCCUACCUUGGUAGCUCUGACGAGAUUACCAAGCUUAUGGAGAGGGUUGAAACUACAUUCAUAAAUUAUUUCUCAAACUCAAAUCGCAGAAAAGGAAUGGUCGUCUUGAGGCCAAAAACAAAGAUAGAAAGACAUAGGAUAACAUUUGCCAUGGGUUGCUUUGCUGGCUGCACAGCUGCUCUUAUAUUAGCACUUAUUUUGAUGGUGCGUGCUCGCAAUAUUAACAAUGCCAACAAUCCUGAAUUUGACAAAGGAAAAACCCAGUACAUGGAUAACAUGUUUCCCUUAUACAGCUUGUUUGGAUUCAUUUUUCUGCACAUGUUUAUGUAUGCCGGCAACAUAUACUUUUGGAGGCGGUUCAGAGUCAAUUACUCUUUCAUAUUUGGUUUCAAGCAAGGAACUGAGUUGGGCUACAGAGAGGUUCUUCUUCUCAGUUUUGGUCUGGCAGUGCUAGCACUUGCUUCUGUGCUCUCAAAUCUUGACAUGGAGAUGGACCCCAAAACCAAAGAUUACAAAGCACUAACCGAACUUCUCCCUCUCUUCUUGGUUUUGCUUGUAGUUUUGAUAUUAUUAUGCCCCUUCAACCUCAUAUAUCGUUCAAGUCGCUACUUCUUCCUCGUUUGUCUGUUUCACUGUAUCUGUGCUCCUCUGUAUAAGGUCACACUCCCGGAUUUCUUCUUGGCAGAUCAGUUAACUAGCCAGGUGCAAGCCAUUAGAAGUCUGCAAUUCUACGUUUGCUAUUAUGGUUGGGGAGACUACAAACUCAGACAAAACACUUGCAAAUCACAAGAUGUCUUCAACACUUUCACUUUCAUUGUUGCUUGUAUUCCGUAUUGGUCUCGUCUCCUUCAGUGCCUCCGCCGUUUGGUUGAAGAGAAAGAUCCCAUGCAAGGUUACAAUGGGCUGAAAUAUUUCUUUACAAUAGUAGCCGUUAGCAUGAGGACAGCAUACAAUCUAGAGAGUCUUAAAAAUGAGGUGAACUGGAAAAUUCUUGCUGGGGUUUUCUCAAUUGUUGCAGCAAUCUAUGGAACAUAUUGGGAUCUUGUUGUGGAUUGGGGACUUCUGCAACGUAAUUCCAAGAACCGCUGGUUAAGAGACAAACUCUUGAUCCCUUACAAAAGUGUAUAUUUCGGAGCCAUG